ACAGAACAGGUUUGGGCAGUCCACCAGCUCCUCAACUCCAAGACACACUCUCACACACACACUCCUCACAUGCUGCGUGUCAUGGUGGUUCCCUGUGCUUGUGUCUCUUCGGUGUUUCCCAGGAUAGGGGACUACUGAGCCUCAGUCCUCUCUCUGAAGAAAAAAUCAGCACAAAGAGUCUCUCUCAGGGCCUGGUUGUCUAUCCACCGAUGUUGAGAUGACCUUAUACUGAGUGGGUCCUAGCUUUUCAGUCCCACCGCCAUUACCAUUAUAUUCGGGCAUGUCCUUGGACGCCUUAGGGCACUCUCCGAGGAGGGUGGCAAAGCCUCCUCCACCACCUGUGCCACCGAAGCGCUACCAGGUCAAGGACCUCCAGGAUCUCCCCCUGCCCCUCUCCUCUUCACCAGAUGCACGAAAGCAGAGUGCCGUGGAACGCCUAGCCGCCGACAAGGCUAAAUAUGUCAAGAACCAACCAGGGGCCGUCUCAAAGGCUCAACCAAUCAAAGCUUUGCCUGUUAUGUGCACUUCCCAUAGCUCUGGCCAAUCUCAACCCAGUCCUCAGAAGCCCAUGCGGAAGGUGGCACCCACCCCUGGGACUCACUCUGGGGGACCCCUGCUGGACCUGCAACACCUAACAAACCUGAUCAAUGGGGUGGAUGAGCCUCCAUCCCCCCCAGCCUCUCAGACGGCUGCUCAGCCCAUACGGAAGGUGGUACCCACCCCUGGGUCUCACUCUGGGGGACCCCAGCUAGACCUGCAGCACCUAACAAACCUGAUCAAUGGGGUGGAUGAGCCUCCAUCACCCCCAGCCUCUCAGACGGCUGCUCAGCCCAUACGGAAGGUGGCACCCACCCCUGGGACUCACUCUGGGGGACCCCUGCUGGACAUGCAACACCUAACAAACCUGAUCAAUGGGGUGGAUGAGCCUCCAUCCCCCCCAGCCUCUCAGACGGCUGCUCAGCCCAUACGGAAGGUGGUACCCACCCCUGGGUCUCACUCUGGGGGACCCCAGCUAGACCUGCAGCACCUAACAAACCUGAUCAAUGGGGUGGAUGAGCCUCCAUCACCCCCAGCCUCUCAGACGGCUGCUCAGCCCAUACGGAAGGUGGCACCCACCCCUGGGACUCACUCUGGGGGACCCCUGCUGGACAUGCAACACCUAACAAACCUGAUCAAUGGGGUGGAUGAGCCUCCAUCACCCCCAGCCUCUCAGACGGCUGCUCAGCCCAUACGGAAGGUGGUACCCACCCCUGGGACUCACUCUGGGGGACCCCAGCUAGACCUGCAGCACCUAACAAACCUGAUCAAUGGGGUGGAUGAGCCUCCAUCACCCCCAGCCUCUCAGAUGGCUGCUGCCUCAUCCUCCUCACAGAGCAGCGAAGGUGGCAGUGGUGGUGGAGAUGAGAACUGCGGUGAGGCCGCUACGCCCGCCGCUUCUACCCUAUGUACAGGGGCAGAUAAACUGCCCCCUGACAUGUCUACCGCUUCUACCCCCUCAGAGCCGCUAUCCCCUGCCUCCUCCUCUCUCUGCAGCCUGCUGAGGGUGGCACCAGACACCACCGGGUCACAGGGGGCUCCCGCCGUGACUGUGCGCAGGGUGGAUGUCAAGCCACAGAUGGCACAGGUGAGGAAAGGCAUGCGGGUCCCCCUGCAGAGCCGCAUGCCUGGACAGAGGCAGAUGCAGAUGCAGAUGCGAAUGCAGAGGCCAAUGGCCCACCAUGCACAGCCACAGUCGCAGGCACAACUCAUGUACUUCCGUAAGGCACAGAUGGCCUCCAAAAAUGCCCCCUUGGUGCCCACAGCUAGACUAUCCCUGAGUAACACUCAAGCAGUGGUAGGGGUCAUGGCUGGGGCCACCAACCCCGGCCAACCCUGCCCAACUCUCCAGCUAAACUCCAACGGGUGCCCCCCACCCAUGUCUCCGACUGCCCCCAUCCCUCCACAGCCAGGUUCAGCUACCUCUCAAAACUCCUCCACCACCCCUCCUGCUCCUCCCCAGUGCACCACGUCCCUUGCUGGCGACAAGCCUGCUGGACAGCCCACGCGCAUUACCCCAGUGCCACCGCUGCCCUCUCCCCUGAGUCCUUUCCUGCAGGUCGGCGCCAACUCUCCUCUCCCGUCCCCCUGCCCGUCCAUCACGCGUCUCUCCUCCACCAGCUCCCGCAAGCGCCCCUCCCUCAGGCGCUCCAAGUCCGACGUGAGCGACUGCUUCUCGCGCGCCGACGUCGACCUGGAGCGCUUCUUCAACUACUGUGGCCUGGACCCGGCCGAUCUGGAUCUGGAGGAGCUGACCCAGGCCGGCUCGGACAUCGCCUCCGUCUCCCGCCUCCGCAGUGCCAGCGCACCCGCCUCCGAGUGCUCCCAGGCCCAAGAGAACGAGGACGGUGACGACAACGAAGGCGACACGCCACGUGUCCAGCGCAACCCCUAUGACAUCUCGGUCAUCGAGAGGAACGCCAGGGUGAUCAAGUGGCUGUACGGAAUGCGUCAAGUGAGGGAUACCGCCAGAGUCGCCAACAUCUAGCCCAGAAGACCGUCUCACCAUGCGCCAUGUUCAUAGUCAGCCACCAUAAACUUCAGCUUCUGUUUCGGACUUCGGCCUUUUUGGCCACGUGCCUACAAAAGUCGUGUCAUUUUGUCUUGUGACGCUACAGCUGGAAUGGAAAGUUUGGGGAUGUUAGUUAAAAAAAUAAACACUACAAGUUGGACCAUUACCACUUCUUUAAGUAAUAAGUUUAGAUGCAGUGAACAUUGGUGUAUGUAUGUUUGUAAUUGUCUAUAGGCCUGUGAUUUAUAAAUCCACAUGAGAGUUUGUUGACUCAACUAGGCUACUCUCCUGCUCAUUGUUUUAAUGUGUGAUUUUGGGAUGUCAUUGUUUUCUCAAUCGCAAGGUCUAGUUGGACACGUGUGAUGUAUUGAGUGUGGUCUAUACAUUUGUGCAGUCUACGAUGAUUCCUUCAGACUGGCUAUGAGAUUUCAUGCAGUCUGUAAAUAAGUGUUGCAUGCUUAUGAAAUGGCUAUCAGGGCCAAACUGAGAUAAAACUUGCCCCUUGAAAUAAAGACUUGAAAUAAAAGAAACUGAUAUAAGA